CACCGUUAACACAUUCUGAGCAGAAUUCAAAAUGAAGGGUGCAAUACUCAUUCGUGGACCGCAGCAACGUCUGCGAUCGCUCCCUGUUUACACAAGGGGCGUGGCUACUCACGGUUACACAUCCCAUGCUGGCACGCCUGGAAAGCCUAUAGCCGAUCUACGCGAUAAACUCGCGUUUCCUUCUUACGAAAAUUGCCCGGGUGAACAUAGCAUCGACGACAGAUACCUCCGUGUCCAAGGGGCCGUAGCCACGCGUAAACGGCAUUGGUGCUACUUUGGCGAGGUAGUUGACUAUAUGGUAUUUGGACGGGUCCAUUUGCACGUGAGAGAUGCUUCCGGCCGCGUCGUACUUGCCUCGUUUUAUGAUGACGAAGAUCGCGGGAGUCGCUACCUCAAAGGUGGCCGACUACAGAAGGGUGAUACAAUGGCACACUUGUAUCCUUUCCGCCACCAAUUCUUUGAUGGUCAAGUCGGGUUCCGUAUGGAGUCGACCAACCAGGUGAAGAUCAUCCCUUGCACUUUGAACGACCUGCGUUUGGCCAAUGACAAGCUUCAGACUAGCCUUCCGAUAACCUGUUGGGCCCCGGGCUGCAGCAACAAAGAGGAUCUGCAGCUAUGCAACAAAUGCAAAACAGCGAGAUACUGCGUGCCGGAACAUCAGACGAAAGCCUGGCAGCGCAAACAUGAACAGGAAUGUCAGGCUCUCCGCGAGCUCAGUUGGUUCCUGAGUAGGGAUUGGACGACGUUCAAGAGCCGGUUCAGCUUCUGAUUCCCUAUUGGUUUGUAAAAUGGAUGGCAACCAAUUAGGAAUGUACUUACCAUGUAUUCAUGUUGGCGGGGGUUUGAUGGUCGAGCUAAGGGGCAGUCUGUAGAGUGCUCUCAUUGGUCCUGUGCGCAGUACUUUGAUUUCUCUGACGCAAGUACGGAGUAUCAUGAGUUCCUGUAUUUCUUCUGUUAUUGUCUAUUCUGAAGAGUCAUCUCUUGACUCCAAC